CAGUACUGGAAUGGUACGUCAUGUACCUCUUGCACCAAGUGCGGGCCAGGGUACGGUGUGAAAACCAAAUGUAGCGAAAAGCAAGACACAGAGUGUCAAGAAUGUUGGCCUGGGUACGACUGGUCGAAUAACACGAACAUGGAACCGUGUCUUUAGUAAGUUAAGUUGCACGCAGUACCUGUGCUUGUGGUUUAUUUUCGAAAAAUAAGAGUUAAUAGAAUUAAUAGACCUCUUUAGCUUUUAUGUUUUGAAGGCCUCAGGGGAAUUCCCCCUUUGACCUUUCACAAAUCAAUGAAUGAAAUAGUCUUCUAGAUUAUUAUCACAUGACCUACAUUGGGAAAACAAAACAUACAAGCUUAAAAGGUCUAUUGUUGGCGCACUGGUAGGUUCGUAAUUGAACGCUGUCUCAAAAUCAACGUCGCGCACAAAAAUGAUGGGUGAACAUUGGCCUUCGAGAAAGAUCACUAGAAUCAUGAAUCAUAUGCCAUCACAAUCAUGUGUUCGACACAACAGUAGCCCAGUCUCUGGCUCAGCCACAAACUGGCCAAUAAAACAAACCGCAUAAAAAGCAUCUCAGAAGCAUCCCUCUCUCUCUCUCUCUCUCCUUCCCCACCCCCUUCUUCACCCCCUCCCCAUUCACCUCCACACAAAAACGGUCUGAACGUGCCCAUUACAUUUGUAAGAAAAAAUAACAAAUUUCUUUUCUCGCACGACAGCUGUAUAAAUGAAGUCUCGGAAUGCCUGGAAGGAAACUUCAAGAUUAUUCGCAACUGCACCACAACUUCCCCGACAAUGUGCAAAGGCUGUGCGGAGGGGAAUUACUUCGAUCCAGGCUACGGAGAACAUGGAGGAUGUGUUCCUUGUUCACAGCCAUGCGGUAUUUUUCAAAAGGAGACAAGGAAAUGCGAAACUGCGCAUGAUCGUUUAUGUACCGCAUGGGAUCCA